UAACAAUUAAAAGAACCGAAGACUUAAACUACUUCAGUCUGUCUGCACUGAAUUUAUUUAAUACACAAGUUAUGUAUAGACAGUAAAAAGUUGUGGCUCACGCUUCUUCUCCAGGAGAAAUCAAAACACGCAACAUAAGGAAAGACGGCGUGCUGAGGUAAAAAAUCGAAAUGAAAAGUUUUUAUAUUUAAAAUACCGUUAGUUAGGCAACCUCACACAACCUUUCCACCAUUUAAUAGUUCAAUAAACAGAUCAUUAAGCAAGUACAGAAACUGCGUAUCUCAUAUUCAUUGAUGAUUCAUUGUUUUGAAUGAAUCAGUCGAAUCAAAGUUUCAUUAGUCCAUGCAUAAACAACUGAUGAAUCUGCUGUUAGAACGAAUCACUUGAAUGAACGACUCAAUGACUCAUUAAAAGCUCAUUGCUGGCACCUACUGGCAUUUUAUUUAGUUUAAAAAAGUUUAUUUAGUUGAAAAUAGGCCAAUUGAAUUUAUAGAUCAAGAAUUUGAAAUAAAAAAAUGAGGUAUUAAUUAGAUUAAUGGAAAAUGCCCUCUAUAAAAAUAUCUAUCUAUUGUUCAAACGCAGAUAUAUUUGCAAAGGGAGGGAAGAUUACUGAAACUGUGUGAAUACUGAAAGCAUGGGACAGAAAUGUUACGCUCCUUACUAUAAAAUGAUGCUACGUCUGCGAUAUGACAAUAAAACAUUACAAACAAGGAAUUUGUUGCAUCCUGUGGAGACAUAAUUGCUGAUUAUCAUUGUAAUCUUAGUACAGAUUUUUUAUGCUUCUCGAUUCGUAAACAUAACACCACAUCUACAUUAGUGAUUGAAGAAAUAAGCACUAACGUUACCUUCACUGCUCAAAACUGACUUGUCAACAAAACUUGUCUUAAAGAGACUUUGGUAUGGUGACCCAUAUACCUGGAAUCUGUGCUGUGCUCACGUCCACGUCCACAGUGCAUGAAGUGGACAGCUGAGAAUGUGGUUCUAGCUCAAGGGUGUCACCUCAGUCGUGGUACUGAAGGUAGAGAGAGCACUGGUUAUUCACUUCCUCCACCUACAACCCCUGCUGGACCUGAGAUUCAAAGCCAUGACCUUCAUGUUACUAGUCCAACUCUAUUAAUUAGGCCACGACUGCACCCGUAUACAUAUAUAUGAUGAAACCAGCUGCAGAGUUCAAGGAUGCAAUAAACAUAUGGCAGGACUCGUACUUGUACCCUGUACUUUACACCUCUGUAAAUGAUUAAGAACAGGAUAAUGCUUCCCAUUGUGUCUGUGUUGUGAAAUCACCCAGUUUAUCCUGUACACGAUAUGCCCUACCAUAAAAUCAUAUAUAUGUUAUAUGUUAUAACCCUGAAGUGCAGAUAACUCUGAAGCUUCGUUCAAGACUGUGAGAACAAAUAAAGCUGAGAAAAGACAACACUUUGUGUUUGUGAAGCACCAGUGAAAAACAAAUCUUUAUCUUUUCAGGCAGCUUUACUGAAACAUUGAACAUAUGCAGCUUGUUUAAUUACACUAAAGGUCAUCCGAGACAAAGAUGAAGGAAUUUAUGAUUGUGACAGAAGUUCAGAACCGAACAUCAUACAAGGGUUAAAACAAACAUCAGCAUCUAAAUGAUUCAGUUAGUUAACAGCAGCUGUGUAUCACUAACACUCAAUCACCACCCAAUUAAUCAAUUAAAGUUGCUAAAAGGUUCCUGGUCAAGUCAUGGAGGAAGCAGCCAAGUUGUGUGAGUUGCUCUUUGGCUGGCUGGAAAAGCGAGAGCAAUGUGCAGAAAAGUUGUCAGAGCUGGCCCGAGAGCUUGAAAGAGUUCAUCAGGGCAGCAACAUCUCUCAGGUGGUGGGAGCUGCCACAUCGGUGCUCUCAAUAUUUGCAGCAGCGCUAGCCACCGUCUUCACAGGAGGCCUGGCCGGUCCUGUACUGGUGGCGGCCGCAGCAGCGGGCACUGUAGCCGGCACUGCGGUCAGCGUCACUUCCACACUGGUAGAGGCAGGUGUCUCCAGCAGUACCAUUCAUACUGCUGUUAAUUUAAUUAAUGAAGAUGAGAAGGUAGGGAGGAGCAUUCAGCAGCUACUGCAAGAUCUCAGGACCAGAUGUGGAGGAGGACAGCCGGGGCCUCAUGCCUCUGGAGCUUCUACUCAUGAUGUAGAAUGUGAGCUGGCAUCCCAGAUCAUGUGUGCACUGGCCAGAAGAAAUAAGACCACGAUACCUCUAAACCUUCUCAGAUCUUUCAACAGGGCCACGUUCUUUCGUCAGGCAUCAUCAGGUGGACUGCCUCUGGACAAGGCCUCACACUUAAUUUCCAAAGCUGUGGGCCUUGUUUGUUUGGAUCUGGGAAAGAGUGGCCUGAAGGUAUCUGCAAAAGAAAUGGUAAAAGACAUCUGCACCAUCGGCAUGAGAGCUUCUGCUAAAGCAGGAUCGAGGGCACUGGGUGUGAUUGGUUUAGGCAUGUCUCUGUAUGAUUUGAUUGCAACGUGUGAAGAAAUCAUGAAGGACAAUCAGGUCACCGAAGCCAGCAAGUUCCUGCGGGAUUCAGCCAGGGAGAUACUGGAAGGCAGAAGAAAGCUGAAGGAACAGUUGGACGCAAUGCAUGAAAUCAUUUACAAACUGUUGCAACUGAAGAAGCUGGUCAAGGACUUGGGUGGAUAUUCUCUCAGCAUGACGGAAGAUGGACAGAAAAUCAUGAAUUACAUCAUAGGAACAUGCACAGAAAACUCAGUUGUCUCCUGGCUUCAGUCGAGAACUCACCAGAUUGAAUUCACAAAUGUUCUUCGUUUUUAUCAGGAGAAGGGCAUUCUUGAGGAGUUGAGCAAGCGCCGAGGAGGACACAUGGACCUGGUGUUUGUGGCUCACGGCAGAAUCGUGGCAGAGUUCAUGCCAGCAGGCGUCCUGGUGCCCGGCUACACCAUCCGGGACACCAUCCUCUACUCUCCGUGGAACUGCAGAAUCGAUGACACUGCUGCUUAUUCAAUAGCUCAGGGGAACAUUCGCAUAGACAAUAGAAAUUUUAGCAAUUUGCGUAGUUUUGAGCCCGACCCUUUGCCAGAUCGCUGGAAUUCCAUGCUUCAAUCCCGACACAACAUCCCAGGGAUCAUUCUGUCCCCUUUGUUUCCCGAAGAACUAGCCUGGGGCUAUUUUAAUGAGCAUUGGACCCGGAGAACCAUGGACAUAGAUAGCCGUGUUAUUGUUCCAUAUGUUGUUCCACAAUUUCUGGUAGCUGCCUUUGGAGAGAUUCCUUUUUGCGUUCUUUUAUUUGCAGCGUCGUUCGUGCUCAUGCUCAAUGGAGGGACAGCUACGGCGCACCUGGCUGCUUGCUUGGAUCGCGGACAAAGUCCUGAAAGGCGGGAGGAGUGGAGGACUCAGUAUGCCUGGACAAAUGAUGAAGCCUUCAUGAGUGUGGACAUGGACGAAAGGAUUAUGAACCCUGAUCUAUUCAGAGCCCUUAGAUCCUUGUUUGACAGAAACCGCAGAUAGUUCACCUUCCACAAUGAACAGCAGUUGAGUCACUCCUGUUAUGUCUAUCUUUUAUACUGAUUGACAUUAUAAAUGAAAGGUUAAUAUACUUCUUUAAGGGUAUUGCAGACAUUCAUAACAUGGUUGCCAGCUCGAUUUCCAGCGCCAGCAGAAAACAACUAAGGUGCUCUUGGACCCCUAAUUGGUCUCUUUGUGUGUGUGUGUGUGUGUGUGUGUGUGUGUGUGUGUGUUCACUAAUCUGGAUAAGUUCAUUAUUUAUUGAUGGAUUGGCAAUAAUUUUUUUGAAAGUGAACUUAAUUUAGAAAAAUAUAUAAAUUUCAGUUUUAUCAUUUUAUUUAUUGUUUUGUUGCAGUAAAAAUUGUGUGUAAAUUGAGUGGUAAAGCAUCUUGAUCAUAGAAAUGUAAUGUUCACUGAAACCAAAACAUUGCAGAACUGCCCACAUAUAUUUCCACUUCCUGUCAAAGGCUUUUUCUACAUCCACUGAAAAAAAAAAACUCAGAAGAGAGUCUGUGAAAUGAAGUACAUGAAACAGUCGCUGCAUGACGUCCUUUAAGACUGCUGUGGCCCUCUUUGAUUAAGCUAUGAAUCACCUUUCAUUGCAUGGGAUGAGUGAUGCUGGUCUGUAGCGGGAAGCAAACUUUUCCCAUAUCUCUAAAUAUAAUUCAGGAGGGAGGCCAUCUAGGCCUGGUGACUUGUCAAAAAUGUUGUUUUUGUAAUUGGAUGUUAUUUUCUAAUUGUGUAAAUUGGUGUGUUUUCUCAACUAUGUUAUACAGAGCUAUUCAAUAUAUAAUUUUUCAGUAACACUUUAUAAUGUUCAGUUGUACGUUCUUUUCCUCUGACUGUGUGUUUGGAUCUGUUCCAGUAAACAGUUUUUUGAUCUGUUGA